GUUUCUAACAAACCACGGCCCCACGAACCAGAACCUUUAACUUCUGGGGAGAGCUCAAUAAGCUCUCGCAGAGGGACUACAAAGAGGUCGUCGCUAAGUCGAUUGACUGGAAAUGGGACCAUGGAUUUGGCUACACAGCGACUCCUUUUUAAAGAGGUUGAUCCCAAAGGCCGGCCUCCACCCGCUGAUUAUGAGGCGAAUGCUCCAGCGGACGUGUAUCCCUCAGAUAACCAAGUUUCCUAUGUCAACGACGAUCAAGAACAUGAGCGUCAUUCUUCCAUUUUUAUUGUCAUUUCUCUUUUUAUGCAUUCUAACGAGUUUUCUGAUCCCUUUAUUGAUACAGUUUUGGAUCAUUUUUGCUCUUUUGACCGUGUUUCCAUUGAAUUUGAUCGUUUUGUGGAGUUUAUAAAUGUGGUUAUAUGUAUUGCGUUCGAGGCCGUUUUGGCAGUGACUCACGUCUUGGCUCGGACUAUUAGACGGCCCAGCCAUUGA